AUGGGUUCGUGCUUCUCUAAACAUUCAGAGGAUGAUAUCAAAAAUUCCAGCAGACCUGCUCAUUCUAUGAAGCAGCGUGGUCCCAAUAAAGCAUCUUCCAGUUUCAAACCGGGCACCCAGUCUAAGGCCGGCCAAAGACUAGGAGGUCCGUUGAACCCAGAACAAGAGGCAGUAUCAGAACUGGGUCAAAGUGGGAGAGAAGCUGCUGCUCGAGCCGCAGAGCAAAGGUAUUCCGAAAAGCAGAACAAUCUAGCUUCUAGUAAGACGAAGUUGAAAGCCAUGGAGAAGGUCUCCAAGAAAGACAAGGGAUUGGCGUAA